CGUGGGAGCUCAACACCAGGAUGCUGAAUAUCGAGGAAUCUACAAAGCGAGUCCCACCCAUCUGUGAUGUGGAACUUCAGCAGCCGAUACCUGGGCACGAGUGGGUCGAACAUAUUCUUAAUGCUGCUCGUACGCAACCUUGGCAUUCCCGCGAGAAUCACUAUUGCAAAGGAUCUUACGAGACCGCUUGAAAGCUGAUCAGGUGAACCGGGAGUGCAUG